AAGGUUCCGCUGGCGGCGCACUGCGGGUUGGUUUGUUUUCAGCGGCGGUGACGGAGGUUGGAAGCCCGGCCGACUGCAGGCGGGGGCGUCGGGAGGCGGAUUCCUCCUCCCCCGAAGCGCUGGGGUGGGGAGGGGGGCGGGGAGCAGGGAAGCGGGGGCCAGCGGGCCGGGGACGAGCCGGCGGGACAGAGGAGGCUGGAGAGAUGGAGGGCGACGGGGUACCGUGGGGGAGCGAGCCCGUCUCGGGUCCCGGCCCGGGCGGCGGCGGAAUGAUCCGCGAGCUGUGCCGGGGCUUUGGCCGCUACCGCCGCUACCUGGGACGUCUGCGGCAGAACCUGCGCGAAACCCAGAAGUUCUUCCGCGACAUCAAGUGCUCCCACAGCCACAGUUGUCCCUCCUCCCCCACGGGCGGCGGCGGCGGGGCCGAGCGCGGCCCUGCCGGCGACGUCGCCGAGCCCGGGCUGCAGGCGGGCCAGCUGAGCUGCAUCGCCUUCCCACCUAAGGAAGAGAAGUACCUCCAGCAGGUUGUGGACUGCCUUCCCUGCAUCUUGAUCCUCGGCCAGGACUGCAAUGUCAAGUGCCAGCUGCUGAACCUGCUAUUGGGGGUGCACGUGCUUCCCACCGCCAGGCCGGCCAGGGAGGAGAGCUGUAAGCUCCGGCGUCUCCGCUUCACCUAUGGGACUCAGACGCGGGUCGGCCUGGCACUCCCCGGCCAGUACGAGCUGGUGCACACGCUGGUUGCUCACCAGGGCAACUGGGACACCAUCCCUGAGGAGGACCUGGAGGUCCAAGAGGAUGGGGAGGACGCCGCCCCUGUUUUAGCUGAACUGGAGGUCACGAUGCACCACGCGCUCUUACAGGACGUGGACAUCGUGGUUGCACCGUGCCAGGGCCUCCGGCCCGCAGUAGAUGUUCUGGGUGACCUGGUGAACGAUUUCUUGCCUGUGAUAACCUAUGCACUCCACAAGGACGAACUGUCUGAGAGGGACGAACAAGAGCUUCAGGAAAUCCGGAAGUAUUUCUCCUUUCCCGUAUUCUUUUUCAAAGUGCCGAAGCUGGGCUCGGAAAUCAUUGCCUCGCCUACCAGAAGACUAGAGAAUGAAAGGUCAGCCCUCCAUCAUCAGCUGGUAGACCUGGGCUAUCUGAGCAGCAGUCACUGGAACUGUGGGACCCCCGGCCAAGACACUAAAGCUCAGAGCAUGUUGGUGGAGCAAAGUGAGAAACUGAGGCACUUGAGCACGUUUUCUCACCAGGUGCUACAGACCCGCCUGGUGGACACAGCCAAGGCCCUGAACCGGGUGCACUGCCACUGCCUCGACAUCUUUAUCAACCAGGCCUUUGACAUGCAGCGGGACCUGCAGAUCACUCCCAAACGUCUAGAAUACACUCGGAAAAAGGAAAAUGAGUUGUACGAGUCGUUGAUGAAUAUUGCCAACCGGAAGCAAGAGGAAAUGAAGGACAUGAUUGUUGAGACGCUUAACACCAUGAAGGAGGAACUUCUGGAGGAUGCUGCCAACAUGGAAUUUAAAGAUGUCAUCGUCCCGGAGAACGGAGAGGCGGUGGGCACCCGAGAAAUCAAAUGCUGUAUCCGGCAGAUCCAGGAGCUCAUCAUCUCCCGGCUCAAUCAGGCGGUGGCCAACAAGCUGAUCAGCUCGGUGGACUACCUGCGCGAGAGCUUCGUCGGGACACUGGAACGCUGUCUGCAGAGCCUGGAGAAGUCCCAGGAUGUCUCGGUUCACAUCACCAGUAAUUAUCUCAAACAGAUCUUAAAUGCCGCCUAUCACGUUGAAGUUACAUUUCACUCCGGGUCGUCGGUCACAAGGAUGCUGUGGGAGCAAAUCAAACAGAUCAUCCAGCGCCUCACGUGGGUGAGCCCGCCUGCCAUCACGCUGGAGUGGAAGAGGAAGGUGGCCCAGGAAGCCAUCGAGAGCCUCAGCGCCUCCAAGCUGGCCAAGAGCAUCUGCAGCCAGUUCCGGACCCGGCUCAACAGUUCUCACGAGGCUUUUGCAGCCUCUUUGCGGCAGCUAGAAGCUGGCCACUCAGGCCGGUUGGAAAAAACAGAAGAUCUGUGGUUGAAAGUUCGGAAGGAUCACGCCCCACGCCUGGCCCGCCUUUCUCUGGAAAGCCGUUCUUUACAGGACGUCUUGCUGCAUCGUAAACCUAAACUGGGACAGGAGCUGGGCCGGGGCCAAUAUGGUGUGGUGUACCUGUGUGACAACUGGGGAGGGCACUUCCCUUGUGCCCUCAAGUCGGUCGUCCCUCCGGACGAGAAGCACUGGAAUGACCUGGCUUUGGAGUUUCACUACAUGAGGUCUCUGCCGAAGCACGAGCGCUUGGUGGAUCUGCACGGCUCGGUCAUCGACUACAGCUACGGCGGGGGCUCCAGCAUCGCCGUGCUGCUCAUCAUGGAGCGGCUGCACCGGGACCUCUACACGGGGCUGAAGGCUGGGCUGACGCUGGAGACGCGUCUGCAGAUAGCGCUCGAUGUGGUGGAAGGGGUCCGCUUCCUGCACAGCCAGGGGCUCGUGCACCGUGAUAUCAAGCUCAAAAACGUCCUGCUGGACAAACAGAACCGUGCCAAGAUCACCGACUUAGGAUUCUGCAAGCCGGAGGCCAUGAUGUCGGGCAGCAUUGUGGGGACACCGAUCCAUAUGGCCCCUGAACUUUUCACAGGGAAGUACGAUAACUCUGUCGAUGUCUAUGCCUUUGGCAUUCUCUUCUGGUAUAUCUGCUCGGGCUCUGUCAAGCUCCCUGAAGCAUUUGAGAGGUGUGCCAGCAAAGACCAUCUCUGGAACAAUGUGCGGAGAGGGGCCCGACCAGAGCGCCUGCCCGUGUUUGACGAGGAGUGCUGGCAGCUGAUGGAGGCCUGCUGGGAUGGGGACCCCUCUCAGAGGCCUCUCUUGGGCAUCGUCGAGCCCAUGCUGCAGGGUAUCAUGGACCGGCUGUGCAAGUCGAGCUCUGAGCGGCCAAGCAGGGGACUCGACGAUUCUACUUGAAAGCAAAGACCUUUCUCCUCUACUCUCUAUUUCUUUCCUUCCCCUCACCUUUCGGCCAUGGGAAGAAUGUGACAUUUAUUCAGAGAGCUCCCGAGAGAACUGAUGCUUGCUGGGCAGCAGAGAGG